UCCGCCGCCCGCGGCCCGCCAUGGCCAGCCCGGCCCCGCCGCGGCCGCUGCUGCUGCUCCUGCUGGUGGCCGCGCGCGCCCUGCCCCGCGCCCACGGGACGUGCCCCGAGCGCGCGCUGGAGCGGCGGGAGGAGGAGGCGAACGUGGUGCUCACCGGCACGGUGGAGGAGAUCCUCAACGUGGACCCGGUGCAGCACACGUACUCGUGCAAGGUUCGCGUCUGGCGGUACUUGAAGGGCAAAGACGUGGUGACUCAGGAGAGCCUGAUGGACGGCGGCAAUAAGGUGGUGAUCGGCGGCUUCGGAGACCCCCUCAUCUGUGACAAUCAGGUGUCCACGGGGGACACCCGCAUCUUCUUUGUGAACCCUGCGCCCCCGUACCUGUGGCCGGCCCACAAGAACGAGCUGAUGCUCAACUCCAGCCUCAUGCGCAUCACCCUUCGGAACCUGGAGGAGGUGGAGCACUGCGUGGAAGAUAAGCCUGGAGGCCACUUCACACCAGCGCCCCUGACACCUGCGGACGCUUGCCGAGGGAUGCUGUGCGGCUUCGGCGCCGUGUGCGAGCCCAGCGCGGAGAACCCUGGCCGCGCCUCGUGCGUGUGCAAGAAGAGCGCGUGCCCCAGCGUGGUGGCGCCCGUGUGCGGCUCUGACGCGUCCACCUACAGCAGCGAGUGCGAGCUUCUGCGCGCGCAGUGCCGCCAGCAGCGGCGCAUCCGGCUGCUGAGCCGUGGGCCCUGCGGCUCCCGGGACCCGUGUGCCGGUGUGACCUGUAGCUUCGGCAGCACGUGCGCGCGCUCGGCCGACGGACAGAGCGCCACGUGCCUGUGCCCCGCAAGCUGCCGCGGCGAGCCCGAUGGCACCGUGUGCGGCAGCGACGGCGCCGACUACCCCGGCGAGUGCCAGCUGCUGCGCAGCGCCUGCGCACGCCAGGAGGACAUCGUCAAGAAGUUCGACGGCCCGUGCGACCCCUGCCAGAAUGCCCUCAGUGACCCCAACCGCUUCUGCCGUGUGAACCCGCGCACGCGGCGCCCGGAGAUGCUCCUGCGCGCGGAGAGCUGCUCUUCCCGCCGGGCGCCCGUGUGCGGGGACGAUGGGGUCACCUACGACAACGAUUGCGUCAUGGACCGCGAGGGAGCUGCCCGUGGCCUCCUGCUCCAGAAAGUGCGCUCCGGCCAGUGCCAGCCUAGAGACCAGUGCCCAGAAGCCUGCAAGUUCAACGCCGUGUGCCUGUCCCGCCGAGGUCGUUCCCGUUGCUCCUGUGAACGAGUCACGUGUGACGGAGCCUACAGGCCCGUGUGCGCCCAGGACGGGCACACGUAUGACAACGAGUGCUGGCGCCAGCAGGCCGAGUGCCAGCAGCAGCGAGCCAUUCCUGCCAAGCACCAGGGCCCGUGUGGCCAGCCCCCGUCCCCAUGUCGUGGAGUGCAGUGCCAGUUCGGAGCCACCUGUGCUGUGAAGAAUGGGGAGGCCACGUGUGCGUGUCCACUGGCGUGUUCUGGCGUCUAUGACCCUGUGUGUGGCAGUGACGGUGUUACGUACGGCAGCACCUGCGAACUGGAAGCCACAGCCUGCACCCUCAGGCGGGAGAUCCGGGUGGCACACAGAGGACCCUGUGACCGCUGCGGCCAGUGUCACUUUGGAGCCUUGUGUGAGCCAGAGACAGGGCGCUGUGUGUGCCCCUCUGAGUGUGUAGCCAUGGACCAGCCCGUGUGUGGCUCAGAUGGGUAUACAUAUGCCAGCGAGUGUGAGCUUCAUGUCCACGCCUGCACACACCAAAUCAGCCUCCAUGUGGCCUCCGCCGGACCCUGCCAGGCCUGUGGGGACACAGUGUGUGCCUUUGGGGCCGUGUGCUCAGCGGGCCGGUGUGUGUGUCCCCGGUGCGAGCACCCCCCGCCCGGGCCCGUGUGUGGCAGCGACGGUGUCACCUACCAGAGUGUCUGUGAGCUCCGCGAGGCGGCGUGCCAGCAGCAGAAGCAGAUCGAGGAGGCCCGGGCAGGACCCUGCGAGCAGGCCGAGUGCGGUUCCGGUGGCUCUGGCUCCGGGGAGGACGGCGAGUGUGAGCAGGAGCUGUGUCAGCAGCGAGGUGGCGUCUGGGACGAGGACUCCGAGGACGGACCGUGCGUCUGCGAUUUCAACUGCCAGGGCGUCCCGAGGAGUCUGGUCUGUGGCUCCAACGGUGUCACCUAUGGCACCGAGUGUGAGCUGAAGAAGGCCCGGUGCGAGUCUCAGCAGGAGCUGGCCGUUGUGGCCUCGGGCGCUUGCCAAGGUCCUACCUUGGCUCCACUGCCACCGGCAGUCCCUCCCCACUGCACCCAAAGCCCUUUCGGGUGCUGCCCAGACAACCUCACUGCUGCUCAGGGCGUGGGCCAGGCUGGCUGUCCCGGCUCCUGCCACUGCAACCCACACGGUUCCUACAGUGGCACCUGUGACCCAGCCACGGGCCAAUGUUCCUGCCGCCCGGGCGUCGGGGGCCUCAAGUGUGACCGCUGUGAGCCUGGCUUCUGGAACUUCCGUGGCAUUGUCACUGAUGGCCGAAGCGGCUGCACCCCCUGUAGCUGUGAUGCCCGGGGCGCAGUGCGGGACGACUGUGAGCAGAUGACCGGGCUGUGCUCCUGUAAGCCCGGGGUGGCUGGCCCCAAAUGUGGGCAGUGUCCGGAUGGCCGCGCGAUGGGCCCUGCUGGCUGUGAAUCAGAUGGCUCAGUGCCCACCACGUGUGCCGCAUUGCACUGUGAGUUUGGGGCAUCCUGUGUGGAGGAGGCUGGUACUGCCCACUGUGUGUGUCCAGCACUUACCUGUCUGGGGACCAAUGCUACCAAGGUCUGUGGGUCAGACGGCGUCACCUAUGGGAACGAGUGUCAGCUGAGAACAAUCGCCUGCCGCCAGGGCCUGGACAUCACUGUCCGGAGCGUCGGGCCGUGCCAAGAUGCUGCCACUUCUGGCGUGCUCCCCACGUCUGCGUCUGUAGUCACCUUGGGUCUCCGCCCGAGCCAGGCUCUGCCGCCCCCGGCCAGUGCCCAGCCCCUGGCUCCUAGCAGCACGCCCCGCAGCCAGCCCACCCCUCAGCCGUCUGCACAGCCGUGGACCAUCGCCAGCAUACCCAGGGCCACGGCGAGGCCUGCGCUAACCAUGCCCCCCACCACACCCGCUGCAACAACCAGCCUGGCCAUGUCCGCCUUUGGCGAGUCUGGCAGCGCUGAGGGGAGUGGGGAUGAGGAGCUCAGCGGGGACUUGGAGGCCAGCGGAGCCGGCUCAGGGGGAUUUGAGCCUCCUGAGGCGGGCCGUACUGAGACCCCAGGGCUGCCCAUCGAGAGGGCGUCCUGCUACAACUCGCCUUUGGGCUGCUGCUCAGAUGGCAAGACGCCCUCGCUGGACGCAGAGGGCUCCAACUGUCCCGCCACCAAGGUGUUCCAGGGGGUGCUGGAGCUCGAGGGGGUCGAGGGGCAGGACCUGUUCUACACACCAGAGAUGGCCGACCCCAAGUCGGAGCUGUUCGGGGAGACCGCCAGGAGCAUUGAGAGUGCGCUGGAGGACCUUUUCCGGAACUCAGAAGUCAAGAAGGACUUCCGGAGUGUCCGACUUCGGGACUUGGGCCCUGGCCGCUCAGUCCGAGCCAUCGUGGACGUGCACUUCGACCCCACCUCCAGCGUGCGGGCGGCGGAUGUAAACCGGGCCCUGCUCAGGCAGAUCCAGACGUCCAGGCGCCUGGGGGUGAGGCGGCCCCCGCAAGAGCACAUUCGCUUCAUGGACUUCGAUUGGCUUCCUGCCUUCUUCACGGGAGCCUCCACAGGCACCACCCCCGCUGCAGCCACAGCCAGAGCCACCACUGGGGCCCAUCGAUUUGCCUCCACUGCGCCCCCCCGGGCCCUCUACCCCAGCCACACAAGCCGACCAGUCCUCAGGACCACAGCGCCCCCCCACACUCACCGGCCCCCUACCACUGCCCCUGGUCGAGUGCCUGCCCACCGGCCCCUGAGCCCACGCCCCCAGCAGCCCCCAAGCCCCUGUGACUCCCAUCCCUGCCUUCACGGGGGCACCUGCUGGGACCAGGAUACAGGUGGAGACUUCAGUUGCAGCUGCCCAGCAGGCAGGACAGGCGCCAUCUGUGAGAAGGCGCUGCACACCUCGGUGCCAGCCUUUGGGGGCUCCUCCUUCUUGGCCUUCCCCACGCUGCGUGCCUACCACACGCUGCGCCUGGCGCUCGAGUUCCGGUCGCUGGAACCCAGUGGGCUGCUGCUCUACAAUGGCAACGCUCGGGGCAAGGACUUCCUGGCGCUGGCGCUGCAGGGAGGCCGAGUGCAGCUCAGGUUUGACACAGGAUCGGGGCCUGCAGUGCUGACCAGCUCUGUGUCGAUAGAGCCGGGUCGGUGGCACCGCUUGGAGCUGUCCCGGCACUGGCGCCGGGGCUCUCUCUCAGUGGAUGGAGAGAGCCCAGUGGUGGGCCAGAGCCCCAGCGGCACUGACGGCCUCAACCUGGACACAGAUCUCUUCGUGGGUGGCUUCCCCCAGGACCAGGCUUCCGUGGUGUUGGAGCGCACCUCCGUGGGUGUCGGCCUGAGGGGCUGCAUCCGCCUGCUGGACGUCAACAACCAGCGGCUGGAGCUGGGCCGCUGGCAGGAGGCUGCAAUCCAGAACUCCGGUGUGAGCGAGUGUGGGGACCAGCCCUGCCUCCCCAACCCCUGCCUGGGCGGGGCCCCAUGCCAGGCCCUGGAAGACGGCAUGUUCCACUGCCAGUGCCCACCUGGCCGCUUCGGACCCACCUGUGCAGACGAGAAGGAUCCUUGCAAGCCAAACCCUUGCCACGGGGCGGCUCCUUGCCGCGUGCUGCCAACGGGCGAGGCCAAGUGCGAGUGUCCCCUUGGGCGCAGGGGUGCCCUCUGUCAGACAGCCUCAGAGAGGGAUGCUCCCCUGCCCUUCCUGGCUAACUUCAAUGGCUUCUCCUACCUGGAGCUGAAAGGCCUGCACGCCUUGGACCGGGACCUAGGGGAGAAGAUGGCCCUGGAGGUGGUGUUCCUGGCCCGCGGGCCCAGCGGCCUGCUCCUCUACAAUGGGCAGAAAACAGAUGGCAAGGGGGACUUUGUGUCCCUGGCACUGCGCGACCGGCAUCUGGAGUUUCGCUAUGACCUGGGCAAGGGGGCAGCGAUCAUCAGGAGCACGGAGCCAGUGGCCCUGGGAACCUGGACCAGGGUCUUCCUGGAGCGGACCGGUCGCAAGGGUGCUCUGCGUGUGGGCGACGGGCCCCGUGAGCUGGGGGAGUCCCCGGUGCCACACACCAUCCUCAACCUGAAGGAGCCGCUCUAUGUGGGGGGUGCCCCUGACUUCAGCAAGCUGGCCCGGGCGGCUGCUGUGUCCUCUGGCUUCGACGGGGCCAUCCAGCUGGUCUCCCUCAAGGGCCGCCAGCUGCUGACCCCGGAGCACGUGGUGCGGGCAGUGGAUGUCUCGUCCUUCACAGACCACCCUUGUACCCAGGCCUCAGGCCACCCCUGCCUCAACGGGGCCUCCUGCGUCCCCCGGGAGGCUGCCUAUGAGUGCCUGUGUCCUGGGGGCUUCUCAGGGCCGCACUGUGAACAGGGACUCAUGGAGAAGGCAGCAGGGGACCUGGAGAGCCUCGCCUUUGAUGGGCGGACCUAUAUCGAGUACCUCAAUGCAGUGACAGAGAGCGGACUCACCAAUGAGAUCCCAGCCCCCGAAGCGCCAGACCCCGGGGCCCUUCACAGCGAGAAGGCGCUGCAGACCAACCACUUUGAGCUGAGCCUGCGCACGGAGGCCACGCAGGGGCUGGUGCUGUGGAGCGGCAAGGCCACGGAGCGGGCCGACUACGUCGCCCUGGCCAUCGUGGAUGGGCACCUGCAGCUGGCCUAUGACCUGGGCUCUCAGCCCGUGGUGCUGCGCUCCACAGUGCCCGUGAACACCAACCGCUGGCUGCGGGUCAGGGCGCACAGGGAACAGAGGGAAGGCUCGCUCCAGGUGGGCAAUGAGGCCCCCGUGACCGGCUCCUCCCCUCUGGGUGCCACGCAGCUGGACACCGACGGAGCCCUGUGGCUGGGAGGCCUGGAGAAGCUGCCUGUGGGCCAGACCCUACCCAAAGCCUACGGCACGGGCUUUGUGGGCUGCCUCCGGGACGUGGUAGUGGGCGGCAGGCCGCUGCAGCUGGUGGAGGACGCAGCUGCCAGACCCCAGCUCCAGCCCUGCCCCCUGCCCUGAGCCUGCCGCUGCCCCAGCCCCUGCGCUAACCGUUUUCUACUUUUGUAAACGCGUUUCUUUCCUGGUAUGAUUUUCUUGCCUGUGUGUUGGUUGGAGAGACCACUGGCCUGGCCUCGCUCUGUCCAGCAGAUGGUGCUCUGAGGGAAGGUCAGGGCGACCCUCCCUCCAGACCCACCCGUCGCCUGCCGGCCGUCCUCUGCCCACCUGUCCUGGGGCUGUGUCCCUUCCGCAUACAUCGUUCUCCUUCUCUCUGUUGAGGUCAGCAGUGGCCCCUCCAGCCAGCACCUGGACCCUUCCCGGGGCUCACCUGGGCCAGUACUGUGACUUAGGAAUAAUGUUACUUUGGGGACUGCCCUGCCCCCUCUCUGCAACUGGGUGUACCGGUGCCUGGGUCCUGGAGAGGCCCGACCCUCAGCUGGGCCUGCCUGUCCACCCAGCCUUCCAGGGGCAUGUCCCCUCCCGGACACCCCAGGCCUUUUGAGGAGCACAGCAAGGAAGCAGGACACUGGGGAACAUGGUGGGUGUCUGUGUCUGCUUGCCUGGACAGCUCUAGCCCUCGGGUGCUUGUCUAGGCCUGAGCUCUCUGAGCGUUGGUGUUAUUGGACCUCAGGGCAGUGGGCAGCCGGGGCAGCUGGCAGCUACACAGAGAAAACCUCACACUCCUGGAGUGAGACGUGGGCGCCCUUGCCCAGGAUCGACUAGGGGCUGGCCGGAUGACUGACCAAGGCCCAGGGUGCAGGCGCAGCCGACCAGGCAGCCACGCCAGACUUGCCAGUAGCUGCGGCACUGUGUCGGAGAGGGGUGGUGCUGAGGGCAGGGCUUCAGGCCCAGAGGUCAGUGGGAGCCCCCAGCUCUGUUACUUUACUAAUUCCAGUCUUUUUUUUUUCCCCCAAUUUUUUUGUUUGUUUUUGGGCCAUACCCGGCGAUGCUCAGGGGUGACUCCUGGCUCUGCAACUCAGGAAUUAUUCCUGGUUGUGCUCAGGGGACCAUUUGGGAUGUCGAGGAUUCAAACCGGGUUGGGCACCUACAAGGCAAGUGCCCUACCUGCUGUACUCUCUCCAGCCCACUAACCCCAGUCUUGUUUGUGUCCGUCACGUGAAAUAAAGUAUGAACACU